ACGAUAUUUUCAUCGCCAUUCUCUGCGGCCCGAGACAGUGGUGUUCGGCCACUAAAGUCCUUUUCAUUCACGUUCACCUUUGCGGCCUUAAUCAACAACUUUACAGCAGUGUCAGAUCCGUUUUCGGCAGCCCGAGAGAGGGGUGUUGAGCCCCUUGAGUCCUUUGAAUUCACAUCAACCUGUCCGGUGUCGAGUAAAAGGCUGACGACUGCAUCGUGUCCGUUUUCCGCGGCCCAAGAUAGAGGGGUUGAUCCCGUAGAGUCUUUUGGGAGAAGCUUGACCACCUCUUCAUGUCCCGACUCUGCAGCAUAUGACAGAGGCGUUGCAAGAAUAAAGUCUCGUGAGUUCACAUCGGCUAGAUUUGUGUCGAGUAACAACUUCACGAUAGCCUCGUGUCCGGUCUCAGCAGCGAGGGAUAAGGGGGUUCGACCCUCGCUGGAAUCUUUCAGAUUGAUAUCAAUCUCUCCAGUUUUCAUUAGGAGCUCGACAAUCGUCUCAUGCCCCUCCCGCACAGCCCACGACAAUGCCGUUGAUCCCGAGGAAUCUACAGUAUCAAUCUCAAAGCCCUCAUGGAUACAUAUUCUGGCCGUGGCUUCAUUUCCAUGUCUCGCAGCCCAUAGCAGCGCCGAACCUCCCGACUUCUUCAAGUUGUGGCGGUAA